GUUAUUCGUCUCUACAACUCUUCUUCUACCAACAAUACAUACAGAUAUCAGAAUACUCGCACUUUCUCUCUCUAAAAAACUGCUCAAUACUCACAAUACACUUCACAAAAAAGGUUAAUAGAGAGAGAAAGAAUGGCUUACUCAAAGAUGAUAGUAGCUUUUAUGUUCGCUUUGAUCGCUGGAUGUGCGAUUGCUCAAGCACCAGGAGCAUCACCAGUAGCUUCACCAACAGCAACACCAGUUGCAACACCACCAACAGCAGUUGUUACACCAGCAUCAGCUCCUUCAGUAUCACCUCCUGCUAGUUCACCUUCAGAAUCUCCAAUGGGAUCUCCACCAGCUCCACCAACUGCUGAGACUCCAGCAUCUUCUCCUUCCGGUGUUGCUGGUGGUCCAUCCAUUGGCGCUAAUCCUAGCGGUUCUCCAACUGGUUCCCCUAGUGGUGCUUCCUUGAACAGAGUUGCUGUUGCUGGAUCUGCUUUCGUAGCGGUCUUCGCUGCAUCUUUGAUGUUUUAGAUCUGAGUAUUUGGAUUUGCCGGAGAGUUGUUUAUGAUUUUUUUAGGUUUUUUAUUUUUAGUUCAUCUUACUCGUUGAUGUUUAUUCGUUUUGCUUUUCUUAUUUUACUUUUGCCCGUUGGAGGGUGGUGACUGCGUACAUGCUAUUGAUUUGAUUUUUGCUAUGGUUAUUGUUUAUUAUUAAUAUUAUUAUUACCAUUGUUAUUAUCAUGGAUUCUUUGUUUA